UGAAAUGGAGCAACAAUAUAAACUCGAGUUUAAAGAUGAGAUGAAGAUAGAAGAAGAAAGUAUUACACCUGAAUUGAUAAAGUCAGAGAUCAAGAAGGAGGAAGAUGAUUUUAAUAUCAAAUCAGAAGUGUAUUCGAAUCCUACUUCUCAGAUGCAGUAUUUUAUCGAAGAAUCUGAUUCAAACCUUCUCCAAACUUGUGUCGCCGAAACAGAAUUGAAGAAAGUAACCACAACCAGCAAGAAAACUUCGGAAUUAUCUCUCGAUCAGCAAUCUAAUGAUAAUUAUACCUGUGAAAAACCGUACAAAUGCACUGAAUGUUCUUACAGUACAAGCUAUAAAUCACACUUAGUUCGCCAUCAGCUGACUCAUACCGGUACAAAAUCCUACAAAUGCUCUGAAUGUUCAUACAGUGCAAUCCUAAAACAAAACUUAGUUCGCCAUCAGCGAAUUCAUACUGAUGAAAAGCCCUACAAAUGCUCUGAAUGUUCUUACAGUACAAGCUAUCAAUCAAACAUAGUUAACCAUCAAAUGACUCAUACCGGUGAAAAGCCCUACAAAUGUUCUGAAUGUUCUUUCAGUACAAGCUAUAAAUCACACUUAGUUCGCCAUCAGAUGACUCAUACCGGUACAAAACCCUACAAAUGCUCUGAAUGUUCCUACAGUACAAUCAUAAAACAAAACUUAAUUCGCCAUCAGCAAACUCAUACUGGUGAAAAACCGUACAAAUGUUCUGAAUGUUCUUACAAUACAAACAGAAAAUCAGACCUAGUUAAUCAUCAAAUGACUCACACCGGUACAAAACCCUACAAAUGCUCUGAAUGUUCUUACAGUACAAGCUAUAAAUCACACUUAGUUCGCCAUCAGAUGACUCAUACCGGUAAAAAACCCUACAAAUGCUCUGAAUGUUCCUACAGUGCAAUCCUAAAGCAAAACUUAGUUCGCCAUCAGCGAACUCAUACUAGUGAAAAGCUCUACAAGUGCUCUGAAUGUUCUUACAGUACAAGCUAUAAAUCAAACAUAGUUAACCAUAAGAUUUCUCACACCGAUACAAAAUCCUACAAAUGCUCUGAAUGUUCUUUCAGUGCAAGCUAUAAAUCACACUUAGUUCGCCAUCAGAUGACUCAUACCGGUAAAAAACCCUACAAAUGCUCUGAAUGUUCCUACAGUGCAAUCCUAAAGCAAAACUUAGUUCGCCAUCAGCGAACUCAUACUGGUGAAAAGCCCUACAAAGCUACAAGUGCUCUGAAUGUUCCUACAGUACUGGCCGGAAAUCACAAUUAAUUUCCCAUCAGAAGUUACAUUCCAGUAAAAGGCCAAACCAAUCUUUAUAAUGUUCAUAUAAAGCUAGUGAUGAGUCAACUGUAGUUCCCCAUCAGCGGAACGAUUUUGAAGAGAACUCAACCACUUUUCAUGAAAGCAGUCAGGCUUCGAAUUCCUUUCAAAACGUUAGCAUUGGAGGACCCAUUUUCGUUAAGCCUGCGCCUCUACCUUUUGUGAAACCUGUAUCAUUUGUAAAGCCUCUGACCUUAGCUGACUCCAUUAUAUCCAAUUCCCGCUUACCUCCCAGUUCCUCUUCCAGUUACCACCCAAAAUCUAACACGUCUCACCUUGCAGCUUCCUCUCACCUUGUUAUCUGGUGAGUCUGUCUUCACACCUUCACACCCCUUUUCAUUGUUUCAUCUAACCAACCUACAACAUAUCCUCACCCUCUCAUGUCUCCAGUCAGUAUAGUGGUUAUGGAGCGUAAAUAACAUUAAAAGUACAUUUUAUAUUGUCAUUAAAAUGUAUGUGAUACCUCACCCUGAGACUUGAUGAAGUUUCUCGAUGAAAUAAGAAUUAUUUCAAUGAAACAAGGAAAUAUGUGCGGGCCCGAAAGUUUUUGAACACGCCGAGACGCUAGUCCAGGCUCAUAUUUGGACCAGAUAACAAUUGUUGGCGGAGAUGAGGGGUUUAAUACUACUUUUACUUGUCAUUUAAAGGUUCGUUGUUUUAUAAAGGGAAAGUAGAAGUGGUGAUAUUAUUAUACUAUUUUUAAGUUAAUUUAAUUAUUUUAAAAACAAUUUUUUACUCAUAAAAAAUGGGAUAAAUUGACAUAAUGUUAUACAUAAUAAUAAUAGUAUUAUAUGACAGUCAU